AUGGUGAACGUCUUCCGGCGUUUAACCGGACGAGCGCCAAGCUCAAGCUCAAACACAGCCCAAGACCAGCAAACCACAGCAACAUUGACAGGAUCAAGGCCAAGAUCCGGGUCUCUCCCAGUCCGCUCCUCUUCUCACGGUCGCAUCCAUCGCUCGCAGAGCCUGAGCUCGACUAAACGUCUCCGCCGCGCACCGGCCGAGGAAUCCUCGCCCAGACACUUAAUUCUGAUAUCUGAUACCCCGGAGAUCGACGAGCGCAUUCUUCAUCGAUACCAGGCCGAGGGGUUUAAUGUUUCGUAUCUGCCUUUCCUAUGCAGUGAGGAUCCGGAGCGUGAUCGGAAACAUCUGGAUAAUGCAGUUCAUUUGAGAGAGGACGAACUCGAGGCUGGCGAGAGAUAUGCUAUUGUCGCAUACAACAGACCAGCAUACUACCUCCUCGCCUCCCACCACCUCGUCGCAAGCAACACAAACCCCUUCCCCCGCCUCGUCGCUUUAAUAGCCUACUACCCAUUAACCUCGACGGCAGCUCUCCCGCACCAUCCGUACAAUACAGAGAUCUGCGUUCCCGCUUGCUGCGAUACAUCGUCUAUCUUCGAGCCAGGCCCGACAACAACAUAUCUCCCCAUCCAAAUCCAUAUCCCGGGCCCGAAAACGGACCCUGAGACGUUAUGGCCGUGGAUUACGAUUUCUUCGUCAGAGGGCGAUGUCACGUAUAAGAAGAGACAUCGCUGUUACGUGUAUACGUACCCGGACGCUGGGUUUCGGUUUGCGGAGCGUGAGUUUGCGACUGCGAGGAAGAAGGGUGAUUCUGGGUCUGGGUCUGGCUCGGGUGCAGGAGCUGUGAGUAAAGGCCAUGACGUGACGGAAGAGGAUACUGUUUGUGAGAAUUUGGCGUGGAGUCGGGCUCUGGCUUGUUUGAGGCGCGCUUUUGGGGUUGGGGGGAACUGGGCUAUCGCUGAUAUCGAGACGGUUUGGGAGAGUUAUUGGGCGCUUUUGCUGGAGGAGAUUGCGAGAAAGGAGGGGCGUGGACAUGGACAUGGGCAUGAUGGCGAUGCGCUAAGUGAGGCGAUUUUGGAGUUGGUUUCUGCUGGGGAUGAGGGUCAUGAUGGUGAGGUUGGUGUGGAGUGUAUUCCUACCAAGGCCGGCGGAUCUGGGGUGGAUUCUUUGAGAUCCUUCUUCGCGCAUAUCUUUCUUCCUGCUGGUCCUGUCAGCCAGGAUCUUCGUCUGUUGUCACGGACAGUCGGUGCAGAUCGCAUCGUGGAUGAAAUCUCUCUUUCUUUCACUCAUACAGCAGAAGUACCUUGGUUACUGCCUGGCGUCCAGCCUACGAAUCGCGAUAUCAACGUGAAAGUCGUUGUUGUGGCAAGCUUUUGCGCGGACAAGAUUGUUCACCAGAGCUUGUAUUGGGACCAGGCGGACGUGCUGGUGCAAGCUGGAAUACUAGACCCAACACUAGUACCGCAGAGUAGGUAA